GGCUGGGGGUAAAAAAACAACAGGAAACCGACCGGUUCUAAUGCUGUUUCUGCAAAUCCUUCACAGAUAAAGCAGUGGACUGCCACGUCCUGGCUGAGCAACACUCACGCCAUGACUUUUCUUUAAUCAUCACUUCAAGUUAUGACAAUCUAAAAAAAGGACUAAAAAAGUUGAAAAAUGUGACGUCACUUCUGCUCUCAGCCUCCAACAGUGUGGUUAGUCAGAAUGUGAGCGGAUGCAGAGAGUUUUUGGGAGCUGACUGCUGGGAUUUUUCUAUGUGGCUGCUUUUUUUGACCUCCAAGCUCAACCUCUCUGUCGUGGGGUCAUAUGGAUCGAUCGCCGUUUUCCCAAGGAUCUGUUUGUUUUAAUCAUCGGGACUACUAACUGGAGCCACAUGAAGAAUAAAGGGACGAAGCAGAAGGCGAAAAAGAAAGGAAGUGAAAAUGCGUUCGGCUGUGACCUGACAGAACAUCUCCAGAACUCAGGACAAGAUGUUCCUCAGGUUCUGAAGAAAUGUGCAGAGUUUAUUGAGGAACAUGGGGUUGUGGACGGGAUCUACAGACUGUCGGGGAUCACCUCAAAUAUCCAGCGUCUCAGGCAGGAAUUCUGCUCCGAGGCGUGCCCUGACCUUACAAAGGAAGUGUACCUCCAGGACAUCCACUGUGUGGGUUCCUUAUGUAAGCUGUUCUUCAGGGAGCUACCCAAUCCUCUGCUCACAUAUGAGCUGUACAGCAAAUUCACUGAAGCGGUCCUGGUCCAGGGGGAUCAUGAGAGACUGUUACACAUUCAGGGGGUCAUCAAGGCACUGCCGACCCCUCACUUCAGGACUCUGGAGUACCUCACUAAGCACCUGGCCCACCUGGCUACUUUAAGCGCAGAGACCAACAUGCAUACACGUAACCUGGCCCUAGUGUGGGCUCCAAAUCUAUUAAGAUCUAAAGAUAUCGAGACGUCAAGUAGCAAUGGAGACAUGGCUUUCCAGGAGGUGCGAAUACAACAGUCAGUGGUUGAAUUUAUUCUGAACCACACAGAGGAGAUCUUCAGUGAUUCAGUGCAAAUCAAACCCAAAGAAGGACCAAGUUUGAAGUGCGGGGAGAAGUAUGCAACACUUCCGAUCAGUGGGCAGGGUGUGCCGAUGAAACUGAUGAGCCUGGAAGAAGCGCAGGCCCGCUCCUUGAGUCCAAACCAUCCUGUGCAUAGAGAACGCCAGCGGGAGAACAGUCUGCCUGAUACCAGCACAGCCACGCUCUACCACACAGUCAUAGACAUAUCAGACAGCAAGAGAAAGUUCUCUGGGAAAUCGAAGAAGUGGAAGUCCAUCUUCAACCUGGGACGGUCGGUGGACUCGAAGGGAAAACUGAGCCGGAAUGGCAGCGUGUUCAUAAGAGCACAAGGAACAGAAAAGGCUGCUCUUCGUCCAUCCAGGAGCAUGGAGUCCUUGUGCUCCCUACCAACAGAUGAUGACAGAACAGGAAACUGUGCAGCUGGUGGAUCCGGCAGCCUUUUUGCUCCAGAUGUAAAAUCCAGAACGCUAGGAUCCGACUCGCUCUAUGACCUGAGUGAACAAGACCAAAACUGGGAGUUUAAAGGGACGAAAGCCGACGGGGCAACAGGUGGCUGGAGCUCGAGCAUGAGCCAAAAGGGUUCCCCAGGUGCCUCUGCACCCCCUCAAAAAACACUGCCAGAGCAGCUGAAGGUGUUCAAGGGCGAUGACGUCAGCGGCUACAAGCCCACUUCUCCGAAAAACAGGAGGAUGUUGUACUCUGGCUCCUCCAACAGCUCCUCUCGGCCCUCCUUCCCUGGGAGCUUCUUCCCGCUGGAGUCCUCGCCGAGGCAUCAGCGCAGAGCUGUCAACAUAUCUGAGCCUUUUGCCGUGUCUGUACCCCUGCGCGUGUCAGCCGUUAUCAGCUCCAACAGCACGCCAUGCAGGGGGCACGCCAAGGAAAAAGCAGCUACUCUGAAACCCUGCAGAGAGAGCUCAGAGCAGGGCAGCAGCAUGAGAAAAAGCAACACGUUCCCCCAACUGGAACCCAAGAAGCAGGAAGGAACGGAGAGGAAAAACAAAGAGGAGCUGACCUCUGGCGUCCCUCCACAGGAUGCAAGAAAAGAAAUGGUGCAAGAAGGUCAAGGAGUGUUAAAUACUUCUGAACUGGAGCCAGCAUCUCUUGCAAAUGCAAGAGAAGGCAAAGAUGCAGCGCCAUCUCCUGGGAAAGACGUGCACGACAAGCAGAUAACUAUGCAACUGGACAAGGGAUCUUCUACUGGGAAAGAGCUGUGGUCUGAACUGAAGAUAACUGAACCUGAAAUCGACCUGCUGGAUGAGACUUUUAAACCUGUUUUCGGCUCCAAGAGCAACUUUGAGGGCAUGAAGUUAACGAUGGACGUCAAGUCGAAACGAAGCCGCAGCUCUCCAUCUCUGUCGUUGUUAUUUAGGGAGCAGUCCUCAAAUACCUCUCUGAGUGAUCGUACAGUCGCCACUGGAUCAAACGCCGCAAAGAAACAGCCCUCAGAAUCGGACCUCUUACUUUCCGUCAACAAACACACAGAAAACACCCGACCUGCUGACAUGGUGGAGGAGAAAGAGAAGAAGCUGCAUCUUAAAAUCACACCGUUAAACAAAGAUGAUACCAAACAGUGCCAGAUUCCUUUAAAGGAAACAUGUUUGGAUGAAGUUACGAAUCCGUUGACAAUAGAGGAUUUGCCAACGGUUGUAGGCUUCUCGGGAGCAGAUGACAAAAAAUCUGAGAAAUGUCCUCAAGGAGACAAAAGUGUCUCCUUGGAUGGAGCAAAGAAGAGUGCGAUUCCUCAGUUGGAGGUUAUUCAGAGGCUGUCGGUGUGUUUGGAGGAGAGACCUCGCACUUUGGAGCUGCCAAUCCUCGACCACGAUGAAGGAUCAGGAGGAAAUUCAGAGGAGCUGGACUUGGUGGAGCCCUGGGAGGAUUUCAGCUCCACCAAGCAGUGGGUUACCAGUCCCCUCCACUCACCUGACAUAGAAGAGUUGUUUAACCAGCUAUCACCCUUCAGCUCAUGUGGGGAAACUCAGAUUUCACCUCCUCUAGUUGAUAAUAACAAGCAGUCUGUCGGUAAGAGCACUGAACACUCCUCAGGAAACAUUCCUCAGAAUACCAGUAGCAAAGCAGAAAACAAAUGGUCGUAUUUGCCGUCAGGGAUCAGUGCGAACAGCAGCAACACGACACAACCUCACACGGGAAAAAGCAGCACAACAAAACAGAAGAAUACAGUGUCAUCUCAGAGAUUUUACAGACAGAUGUCUUAUGAAGCAGAGAGAAGAGAGGAGAAUUACUUUUCCAAACACAGACCGUAUUCACUGAAUUUAGACCUGGGACAACGAUGCAUCAGAGACAUUUCGAAUCAGCAAAACCGUAAUUCCUCAGAGUUUUCUUGCCAGAGAGGAUUACUGACCUCCUCUGAGUCUGUGAGCAACAGGCUGCCUUCAGAACUGGAGCUGUUUCUGAGUGAUCGGCAGGCGCCUCUACGCCGAAAUUCAGCCCCGGUCAGCGUGUCAUCGGUGCGCACGGCCUUCAUGAUAAAAACAUGCCAGGCCAAAGCUGUGCCCGUCGUCCCCCCGAAGGUGCAGUACAGUCAGAUACCUCCCUCCAGACACGAGAAGGAUUUGGAUGCAGCGAAGGAACAAGAAAAGGAACAUCCUAAGACAGGUGCAGAGAAAACCAACGCUGCACCUCCUCCAGCGAUGUCAGAUCUAAAGGAGGAGCUGGAGAAUAAAAAGCCUGCCCCCAAACACCAAAAACAGCCACAUGUUGCUGAGUCUUUGAAGACUACUUCCACUCCAGAGCUGCCAGUCAUCACAAGGAGACACGCGCCCAGUCUGGAAGUGUUUGUAGAUUGUCCCAGACCAAACAGAGGGAACAUCUUACAGAGACCAUCUUUUAGGAACAGACAGAGACCUCAAAGUCUCAUACUGCUCAGCCCUCCUUUCCCCAUCAUGGACUACCCUCCGUCAGGAGACGACGGCAAGCUCCUUUCAUCCAUCAAGAGCCUGAACGACACGCCAGCUGUGAACGUCUUUUCUAAAGAGAUGGCGGAGAACUUCAGGACGCCGGAGGGGAUCUCGCUUCAAAACAAAAUGACUAUUCCAAAAAGUGGACAGAGACUGGAGACGUCAACCAGCUGCUUCUACCAGCCGCAGAGGAGGUCCAUGAUAUUUGACAGCAGGAGCCACAGACAGAUUGAGUGACUGGAGGUGCAGUCGCUGACUAUGAGACAGGCUGUGUGUAAAUAUAGAUACAGUAUACGAGGAAAUUGAACAGAGGAUGAUAUGAUAAUGUAUAGCCAUGGCAUCUUGUUUGCUAUGAUUCAAGCAUUUCACAGUAUUGGAGAAAGAGUUGUGGAAGCUGUGAUGUAUGUGAAAGUGAAAAUUAAGCUUGACUCUGAUUUAGGGCUGCAACUAUUUUUUUUUUAAUCUAUUAAUCUGCUGAUUAUUUCUCAAUUAGUCAAUUAAUUGUUUGGUCCAUAAUUGUUAGCAUAAAAGAUUUAAAAACAGGUAAAAGGUAGUAGAGAUCUCAACUCAAGGUCUUCUUACUAGCUUUUUCCAAAAUGGUUUCAACCACAUUUCACAGUCAGAUGAUAGAGUUUAAUCAGUUGUCAUGAAGAGAAUUAAUUGUGCAAACUCUUGGAGAAAAAGUUGCUUGUGUCAGUUUCGGGGAUCUAAUGCUCAGUAUUGGUCUGAUGCUGGCUAAAAAACACUAGAUUGGAAGAGAGAGAGUAAAUAGGAUAUGAUACAUAAGGCAAUAGACAAUCACAUAAAGGUUUAACUAAACUUUGAGCAACGUGCAGUGAAGAGAGAUGUGACACAAGCGCAGAUGAGCAGCUCCUUGAUAAAAAAAAAAUUUAAACAAUAAUUGCAUAGCUCAAUCAAAACCAGGGCUUUGUAUUUUUUCCUUCAGAUGAGCAGAAUAUUUGUUUUUCAAAUUGUGUAUGAUGUUUUGUAGAUGGCAUGGUAAACAAAGUGCAUCCACACAAAUGUAUAAUUAACAGCUUAAGAGAGGGAAAG